CCGUCCGGGUGGGAGCCCGGAAGAUUGUUCGCUGCGAGUUUUGGUUCCGGAUCCGUGUGAAAGGGCCGCCGUCACUGUCUCAGAGCGGAGCGUGGGGAUGCGGAAUGGGCCUGGGGCCCGCUCGGAGGCUGGUGACAGACUGGUCCGGGAGUUCCUGCAGAGCGGAGCCACCGUGAGAACCAGAAUGAUGAAGAACUGGGGUGUUAUCGGAGGAAUAGCUGCAGCCUUGGCAGCAAGUAUCUAUGUGUUGUGGGGACCACUUACUGAGAGGAAGAAGCGCAGAAAAGGCCUAGUUCCAGGUCUCUUGAACCUGGGAAACACCUGCUUUAUGAACUCGCUGGUCCAGGGUCUGGCUGCUUGUCCAUCCUUCAUUCGCUGGCUCGAUGAUUUUACUAGGCGUUACAACCUGGACAGCCCCCAGGAGGAGCGGUGUCCAUAUCUUUCUGUUACACUUCUACGAUUGUUGCGAGUGUUAACCAAUGAGGAAGAGACCACAGAAGAUGUGGUGGACGCAGGAAGUCUCCUGGAAGUCUUGAGGAUGUACAAGUGGCAGAUGUCUUCGUUUGAAGAGCAGGAUGCUCACGAGUUGUUCCAUGUUCUCACCGCGGCUUUGGAAGACGAACGAGAUCGCCAACCUCGAGUUGCACAUUUAUUCGAUGUUCAGUCUCUGGAGACUCCAACAGAGUCGGAGGGAAAACAGCUGAGUUGUAGGAGCCGAGGGCCUUUGCUGCCACCACCAAGUCCCUGGAGAUCUCAGCACCCCUUCCAUGGCCGACUGACCAGUAACAUGGUGUGCAAACAGUGUGAGCAACAGAGUCCUGUGAGGUACGACACAUUUGACAGUCUCUCUCUCAGCAUUCCAACGGUCACGUGGGGCAGACCUGUGACCCUGGACCUCUGCUUGCAACACUUUAUCUCUUCAGAGUAUAUCAAAGAUGUGGUGUGUGAGAACUGUACCAAGGCUGGAGAAACACUGAAUGGGCAGACCGCAGAAAGCCAAAGGACAACCUUCAUCAAGCAGCUGAAAAUUGGAAAGCUUCCUCAAUGCCUGUGUAUCCAUCUGCAAAGGCUCUCGUGGUCCAACCACGGGACGCCCCUGAAACGCAAUGAACACGUGCAGUUCAGUGAGCUCCUCUCACUCGAUACCUACAAGUACCGCAGCCCAUCUCAGAGGCUGGGCCAGCGCAGAAUGAGCAGACCGGCCAGCACAGGGAGUUUACCACGAAUGCUAGAGGGCACCAAGCCAGGAUCCACACAGCCCAGCCUCAGUAAAAUGCAAGUUGCAAAUGGAGCAUGCUCAUCAUCUCUGCUGUCAACUUCUUUCACAACUUCACCAUCUCCUGUUACACAAAGUUAUGCCUCAUCGAUGUAUUUGUUCCGACUGAUGUCUGUGGUUGUCCAUCACGGUGACAUCCACUCGGGCCACUUUGUCACCUACCGUCGCUCGCCUUCGACGUCAAAGAACCCAGCGGCAGUGAGCAACCAUUGGCUGUGGAUAUCGGAUGACACGGUUCGCAGAGCCAGCCCGCAGGAAGUCCUUGCCUCCAACGCCUACCUGCUGUUCUACGAGCGAGUCCGGCCGCUAGUGAGGCGAACGAGCCGUGAGCUCGGACCUGAGGAGUGAGCAUGUUGGCAGAGCCAGCCUUUCGGCUGCAGCUGUGAAGGGACAUACAGUCUUCACGGGUUUUUAGAGUAAACCAAUUGCUGGAAGGAAGUGGAGCCCCAUUAUUACCCACCCAGAUUCCCAAUUGAAUUAUUUGUGCAGUAAACCAAAAAGAUCAAGAGGUCUAAUGUGUUUAAAUAAAAUAUUAAUUUGCCACCUAAUUCCAUCGCAAAAGAUGACAGGUAUGUAACGAUUAUUCCCUUUGUAAAACUGUCACUGUAUGCUUGAAACAAUUAAGAAAUGUGUGUGGUGUUAUUGCAAAGAAAAGUCAACGUCACUCAAUGGUGUUACGUUGGAUUAAUGAGUUGAUUUCCUAAAGUGAGAAUCAAUUCACCUACAUAUAUAUCCAGGUUGGAACCAUUACCCACUUUGGUACUAACCAUUACAGUAUUUUUACGGUCGUGUCUCUGUUUCCACAGGAACCAUAGCCAAUAGAGCCACAGGUUUAGUGAGGAGGUUUUUAAAAAAAAUUGAAGUUCCCUUUAAGACUUGUGGGUACUUACCAUUUGUCCCAAGGUUCCACUUUCAGUCUGUGCUCAUUCCAACAUGGCCCAAUAGUUUGGGUUGCUACAAAUUACCCCUUUACAGGGAGAGCAAAAAAAUGUGGUUCCAUUUAACUGCCUGUAAUUUAGGAGUCUGUCAGGUAAGGGCUAGACAGUGGUGCCCCAGCUCUUUCUCUGUCUCUGCCAAGAUUUGUGCACCAACAGUAAAAACUUGGCUGAAUUAUCAUAGGACCACCAGUGCCUGUGGAACUUUCAGGAGCUGAGCGUAGGAAGAUAUAGCUCCUAGAAUUUGGCCAAUCAUGCAAAUUAGUCUGGUAAUGAAUUGACGGUGUGUCCUGCUUGCUGCCUUGAAAUGUGAUGGGGGGAGGUGCUGAUACAACCCCUGAAUGUAAGAGGCAAAGUGAUUUUCAACAGUUUUCAGUGAAUGCUCAUCUCAAUGCAAUCAAUUGUGAAUCCUCACUCAUAGGGGUGAGCCUGAUUGCAUGGAGUGCUAAUACAAAAUAAUAAGAAGUGAGUCCUUUUAUAAUAAGGGGUAAAAGUUGUGAUCUGCCAAACAGAAACAGUCAGAUCUAGCAAAAAUAAACUUAGACAGGACAGAGCUACAGUUAGUCUGAGCUGUUCUUGAAAUGGGAAGAAAUGAUCCAGAGUUCCUGCUGCUGUUCACUUGUAUAACCGUAUGUAUGUAUGUCAUGUGCUUUGAGUUUAGUGAGUAAGUACCAUGGUAUGACUUUUCUGCUGUUUCUGAGCCUGCAUGAGCUGGCAGCAGGAUAAUCGGGAGGGCAUUAAAUAGCACUGUUAUUACCAUUCAGGGAAAGAUUGGGUAGGGAGUCUGUGUAAUGUAUUACAUAAAUUACCCCAGUCCAUAGUGUGAAUGUUAAUGGCUCAAUGAGACUGGAUCAUAUACUUGCAGCUUUAGAGGAAAUGGUGCACAGUGCAACACAGUGGCACUGUCAGCAACAGGGGAAAGACUUAGAUUGAACUGGUCAGCUUUACUUUGCCACAUACACUAUUUAUACUCCCUUCAGUUUUAUUCUUUAACUACUUUAAAACGAAAGUAUAAGUUCAAUAUUGCCUAGCCAUUGUGCCACUUCAGUAUUAGUAAUUUAUAGGGUAUUGUGUGAUGUUCAACUGGAUAAAGCAGUGGACCAUAAGAAUCUGUUAUAUAAACAGGAUUGGUGUGUGGUUGAACGGUGCCCUCUCGCUGGUUGUUGGCAAAUGCAAUAUGGGACUAAAUCAUGAUUACCAGGACCACCCCAGAUAAACUGGACCAGGUAGUUGACCUUAGCUGGGAUAGCAGGGACCUCCUUUGCCCCAAACUCUCCCUCCCCUUCAUUUUGAAAGCUUUUCUGUGUGGACAUUAGAUGACGACUGUGUCAGGCUUGGGCAGUGAUGCUCAACAUGAUCAUGUGAUCUGCAGACAUGUGUUGUGCUUUUACAAAAGCUGUGCUCACCUCAGACAGAAUCCCAUAAAUGUCCCUGAUGUUGCUUUACAAAGCCCUCACAUCUCUGGUGAAAGCUUACCCCAACAUUGGAAACUUAGGAAACACGGGAAGAAGUUUUGGGAUAGUCAGUCUGGAGAAAGAGGGAUUUAUUCAGUUAAAUAAAGUCUUUAUGUAGUGGACUGGCAAUAUGCACAGAUCUGAGGUUAGUAUCACAGUGGACUCAACCAUCAAUUCUGGUGGCCUGAUGUGAGCCAAAUCUCAUUAAUUUUGAUGCAAUGACCACUUUCAGUUCCAUCUCUACACGUUCCAUUGUUGCGAAGGUUCCCCAGUUCUCAGACAUUUACCUCUGAUGAUUGUUGAAUAUAAAUGGUUCCAUAAAUGCUGAUCACCAUCCAGGAACUUACAUACUCUUUGCUCAAACCUAGGCCUGGUGCAUUUCUGACCUGACGUGUCUUUCUUGCAGAGAUUGCUAGUUUGGGAAUCCUAGUUGUUCCAGCCACGAUCAGCAAGUUUUACAGGGAGCUUUAACAAGGUCUGAAUCUGGAACUAUCCAUUGAAUGAUGCUUUUACCCCAGGGUCAGGAAUCUAUGGGAGCAGUCCAGUAGUGCGGUGCAUGUUGGAUAGGUUAGGUUUGUGAUAGUAUGACCAACGAAACAAUUUUACCAGGAACAGUCUGCCAGAUCAUUUUCUGAUCCCAACACUGUCUGUAAAGAAGUGGGACUUGAAUUAUUCUCAAAGUCCUCUCUAACAUGGACAGACUGAAUGUAGUAGUGCAGUGCUGCCCACCUGGAGCUGGACUUUUUGGGGGUUUUGCACAAUAUCUGUCAAUGGAUGUACAACACCUGACCCACAUUACGGAUGAAACUGGGUCAAAUUAAAAUAUGUUGCUAUAAACAUUUAUUUAAACUUACAAUGCAAGAGAUGAGGAUGAUCAGUGCCUGUUGGUUGAAUUCAAUACGCUCUGUUAUAUCGAUAUGGAAUUGCAGCAGUUUGAAGCUGAUGGGUUAAUCAGAGACCUAUGAAUGUGAUGGCUGCAAGAGACUAUAAAAUUCAGCUGCUGGUUCUCAUUCAGUUUGUAUUUCACUCGAACACUACAGCUUUCCAUCUGCUUCAGUCCUGUUUCAUAAGAAUAGAAGUGGGCCCUUAAGCUCCUGCCAUUUAGCUAAUCUUUGCUGAUCUAUUCCUGCAUUGUACCGUCUCCUUUGACAGCCUUGAAGAGCAAAAAAUCCAUCACUUCCUGUCUUGAAAAUUCCGAUUAUCUCAUCAGCAUUCUUGGGGUAGACUUCCAGAUUUUGCCCCAUCUUAAGUAUGAAAAAGUGCUUCCUGAUACCAUUCCGAAAUGCUUGGCUGUAAGGGUAAUUUAAGAUUAUCUCGGUGGUGUUGUUUCCAUCCCUUGUUAAAUGCAUGAUUUCAGAGAUCCCAGCACUAUUCUGCUCAUCUAAGCAGUUUAUCCCAAAGACUUAGGGUAUGAAUCAUGUGCUGUAGAUGAAUCGAGGAUUGGGACUCCUUAAAGUGCCCUUAGUUUUGUAUGCUGUCAAAAAGUCUGCUUUAUUUUGUACCUACCAUAUGUCCCCAGGUUGGGAGAAGAUUGACCUUCCAGUGCCAUCAGAAAUCUCCUUGGUGAUGGCUGUUAGCUUGAGUCCAUGCCCUUCAUUGUGGGCAGCAGACUGUUCUUGAAACAUUCAUUGUAAAAUCAGUGCUUUCCUGCUGAGAGGCAUUGAAGGGCAGUGCCAAGGGAGUCUGAUGUGCAGCAGGAUUGUGUGAAAAGACCGGACUGUACAGCAAGCACCUCAGUAUUCUACGUACUCAAUCAUGUGCCUCUAGUCUAGCCCAAAACAGACAUCCUUUGGUGUCAAGCCCCGAAUAAGUUGUUGGUGUUCCGGUUCGUCACCCUGAACUGAUAUAAAUAAAGUUGUGCAUCUGUUAUGUCAAUAUGCAAGCUGGAGAGUAGGAAAUGUUAAAUGUUUGAUUUUUAAUAUUUUUGUGAGAAAAAUAAUGAAAUUCUGAUUGUAUAAACAAGAAACUACAAAACGAAAGCAUUUUUGCACUAACUCGUUAAUUGUACAUCUGUGUAUAUGUAUAUAUGAAUGAAAUUGUCGUAGAAGAGGUCAGUUUUAAUUUGUCAGACAGAAAAGUAAUAAAGUUUACUUACGGGCAAACAGAAAAUCUCUAUU